AUGGCGAAAAUGCCUUUCUGGAACCCCUUAAGACACUUGCCUACAAUUAGCUGUAAUGCAGAUUAUAUUGCCAAUUUUUUAUAUUUUUUGUAUUUUACUAUCACCUGUUUAUUACCUACAUACGCCGCCGCUAAACCUACAUACGCCGCCGCUAAACCUACAUACGCCGCCGCUAAACCUACAUACGCCGCCGCUAAACCUACAUACGCCGCCGCUAAACCUACAUACGCCGCCGCUAAACCUACAUACGCCGCCGCUAAACCUACAUACGCCGCCGCUAAACCUACAUACGCCGCCGCUAAACCUACAUACGCCGCCGCUAAACCUACAUACGCCGCCGCUAAACCUACAUACGCCGCCGCUAAACCUACAUACGCCGCCGCUAAACCUACAUACGCCGCCGCUAAACCUACAUACGCCGCCGCUAAACCUACAUACGCCGCCGCUAAACCUACAUACGCCGCCGCUAAACCUACAUACGCCGCCGCUAAACCUACAUACGCCGCCGCUAAACCUACAUACGCCGCCGCUAAACCUACAUACGCCGCCGCUAAACCUACAUACGCCGCCGCUAAACCUACAUACGCCGCCGCUAAACCUACAUACGCCGCCGCUAAACCUACAUACGCCGCCGCUAAACCUACAUACGCCGCCGCUAAACCUACAUACGCCGCCGCUAAACCUACAUACGCCGCCGCUAAACCUACAUACGCCGCCGCUAAACCUACAUACGCCGCCGCUAAACCUACAUACGCCGCCGCUAAACCUACAUACGCCGCCGCUAAACCUACAUACGCCGCCGCUAAACCUACAUACGCCGCCGCUAAACCUACAUACGCCGCCGCUAAACCUACAUACGCCGCCGCUAAACCUACAUACGCCGCCGCUAAACCUACAUACGCCGCCGCUAAACCUACAUACGCCGCCGCUAAACCUACAUACGCCGCCGCUAAACCUACAUACGCCGCCGCUAAACCUACAUACGCCGCCGCUAAACCUACAUACGCCGCCGCUAAACCUACAUACGCCGCCGCUAAACCUACAUACGCCGCCGCUAAACCUACAUACGCCGCCGCUAAACCUACAUACGCCGCCGCUAAACCUACAUACGCCGCCGCUAAACCUACAUACGCCGCCGCUAAACCUACAUACGCCGCCGCUAAACCUACAUACGCCGCCGCUAAACCUACAUACGCCGCCGCUAAACCUACAUACGCCGCCGCUAAACCUACAUACGCCGCCGCUAAACCUACAUACGCCGCCGCUAAACCUACAUACGCCGCCGCUAAACCUACAUACGCCGCCGCUAAACCUACAUACGCCGCCGCUAAACCUACAUACGCCGCCGCUAAACCUACAUACGCCGCCGCUAAACCUACAUACGCCGCCGCUAAACCUACAUACGCCGCCGCUAAACCUACAUACGCCGCCGCUAAACCUACAUACGCCGCCGCUAAACCUACAUACGCCGCCGCUAAACCUACAUACGCCGCCGCUAAACCUACAUACGCCGCCGCUAAACCUACAUACGCCGCCGCUAAACCUACAUACGCCGCCGCUAAACCUACAUACGCCGCACAAUGUCGGCACUAUUACAGUGUCAGAGAUGUCUUGCGAGGAACAAUGCCCAAUAGCCAUGAAAAUGUCAGCCUGUGUUAG